AAAAUUGAAAAGUAAAGUUAAGGAUAGAAUAUGUGGAAUAUCUGGCACACAAAGUGAUGCAAAAAUGGCAGUGAAGAAAUUAAAACCCGGACCACGAUGAGGCAAACACGUGAAUUCGGACCUUCUCUUAUCACUUCUUUCCCUUUCGUCCCCUUAUAUCUACCAUUUCUACAUCUUCCAUUUUCACUCUGAUAAUGGACCCUCUUCCUUCCCCAAAGCUACUACUACCCACUAUUCUGCUAUCACUAAUUUCAUUCAGCUCAUUAGCACAAUAUGCUAAUAAUAAUAAGGCCCCUUGUGAUUUCCCGGCUAUAUUCAACUUUGGGGAUUCGAAUUCCGACACAGGCGGCCUCUCAGCGGCUUUCGGCCAGGCCCCGCCACCCAAUGGGGAGUCCUUUUUCCGUGGCCCGGCUGGCCGCUAUUCUGAUGGCCGACUAAUCAUAGAUUUUAUGGCUGAGAGCUUGGGGCUACCGUAUCUAAGUGCUUACCUUGAUGCAUUGGGCUCCAACUUUACUCAUGGUGCGAAUUUCGCAACGGCUGGAUCAACCAUUAGGCCUCAAAACACAACCCUACAUCAGAGUGGGUUCAGCCCGUUUUCACUAAACGUGCAAUAUUACCAAUUUCACGAUUUUCAGCACCGAUCCAAGAUCAUUCGCGAUAAAGGGGGAGUUUAUGAAAGGCUAUUGCCCAAGAACAAAGAUUUUCAGCGUGCAUUGUACGCAUUUGAUAUUGGACAGAACGAUUUGACCGCGGGAUAUUUCCUUAACAUGACGACCGAUCAAGUCAGAGGAUAUGUGCCCGACGUAUUGGAUCAAUUCAAAGCUAUUAUGAAGAACAUAUAUAAUGAUGGAGGAAGGUCAUUCUGGAUACAUAACACAGGCCCAGUUGGCUGCUUGCCUUAUAUUCUGGACCGGCUUUUGAUUACAGCUGCACAAGUAGAUAAGGCUGGUUGCGCGAGCCCUUUUAAUGAGGUUGCUCAAUAUUUCAACCUUAGGCUAAAAGAAACAGUUGUCCAGCUUAGAAAGGAUCUCCCUUUGGCUGCAUUAACCUAUGUGGAUGUCUACUCAGUCAAGUACGAGCUCAUCAGCCGAGCCAAAAAGCACGGAUUUGUGAACCCUUUAAGAGCGUGUUGUGGGCAUGGAGGAAAGUACAACUACAACAUUCACAUUGGUUGCGGGGGCAAAAUCAAAGUGAAUGGGAAAGAGAUUAUGGUGGGAAAAUCAUGUGAUGAUCCAAGGGUUGUGAUUAAUUGGGAUGGUGUCCACUAUACCCAGGCUGCCAAUAAAUGGGUUUUUGAUCAGAUUGUGAGCGGUGCUUAUUCGGACCCUCCAAUUCCCUUGAAAAUGGCCUGUCAUACUCAAACCCACUUCUUACGCUAGCCUAAGAUUCUAUCGAUUACAUGAAAAAUAAUUUGUCUCAUCACUGGAUCAUUGCAUCAUCUUUAUGUUGAAUCCAUGUUUCAAAUUCGGAGAUGAUCUCAAUUUACAACUUCAAUAAUGAUUACAUGAAAAAUAAUUUGUCUCAUCACUGUAUCAUUGCAUCAUCUUUGUGUUGAAUCCAUGUUUCAAAUUCGGAGAUGAUCUCAAUUUACAACCUCAAUAAU